UAUAUUUCUGUAAAGUUGUCUAUUAAUAUUGUGUGGCUUUUGUUGAGGUGUCUCAAUGACAGUAGAUGUAGAUAAUGCACAAAAUAACCAAGGGAUUAAAAAAGAAGAAAAAAGGGAAAAAAUCUAAAAAAGGGGAAGAGGAACUAUUCAAACCAGAAGAAUUAGAAAACUACCGCAAGGAACACCAAGGUACUAGCGAAGAACCUGCAGGACAAAACGAAGAGUGGAAAAAAUUCUUAGCUCUCACUUCCGGUGUCGAUGAUAUAUUAAAAAAGACACAGGGCGACUUAGAUCGUAUCAAAAGUACUUCGUUUUUUCAGAGAAAGCCCACUGAGAGUGAAGUAAGAAAAGUAGAAGAGGAAAAAUUAGCACAGGAACAGAAAGCCGAAGAAGCUAAGAGAGAAUUAGAGCCACCCACUCCGUCACAGUUAGGUAUCAGUAGAAUACCCAAAUAUGCUUGUACCCCACGCUGCCGACUUAAACUAGCAUACAUUCCGGAGUCACCAACUCUUCCAAACGACGGUGACGAUCCUUUCGACACAUCAGCAGCUGAGAAAGCAAUUCUAGGACCCGAAUUCGAGAGGAAAGGCAAGAAACUCGUUCCGCUUGGAGCUGCUGUUGAAGUUCUAACAGGACGUGUGCAGUUGCCGACUUGUGCCACCAAAAGACCAACACCAAACAAGAGGCAGAUUCUAAAAGAGAAGGAUUUGCUGUUACAAAGCUUCGACGAAAAUAUUCCAGUAUCUGCAGUUGUUGCUGAUGAAAGUGGUUUAAACUUAAUCAAACCAGAGGACCGUGAUCUACUUGGAGGAAGCCACAGCGAUCUCGCCAAUAGCGUUUCAAUAUCAAAAACCGCAUUUAAACCUGUAACAGAGAUAAAAGUACUAGAUAAUGAGAGUGACGAUGAGUUUGAUCCAAGAGCUGAGGAACAACCGCGAUCGAGAACCGUCUCCCGACCAGAUGUGCUGAAUAUAACAGGAUCAAAGACUGUAUCUUUUGAUCUGCCGUCACCAGAUCUUAAUACUCUUAAUACAGAGUCAAAAAUAAUAAAACCUUUGACACCGUUUUAUACACGAAAAGUAUCGAUACCUGAAGUGCCAAUUUCUGAAGAUCCUUUUGAUACUUCUUUUGCGUCUAACGUGACACCAGGAAAAAUCGAGCUGCGAUUAAUCGAAAACGAGUUAUUUGAUCCAAAUUUAGAAAAGAAAUUGAGUAUAAAUGAUAAUAAUUUUAAUCCAAGAGACGAAGCGCAGUCAAAAGUCGACAAAGUUGUAAACACUAUAAAGGAAAUCUCCAAACCGAAACCACCAAGUACCUCUGAAUCUAUCGAUAUAGAUCUCCUGGCAAUCGACAAUGAUAUACCAGUAAAAGUUUUAACACCUGGUGCAUCAAUAGAACAGACAGAAGAACUAUCUUAUUGUGAUCCUUUUGAUACAUCUAUUGCGUCAAAUAUCCUACCAGGAAGAGUUGAACUAAAGCUUUUAGAAAGUGAAUUGAUACCGUCAGUUACUAGUUCUAGUACCAUCGUAAAUAAAGACUUAUUGAUUCACGAUGCCGACGAAGUAAUAGAAAAGCCUCUUUCUCCUUCUGCACAAGUCUCUUCAACUGUAGUAUUCGAUACAUUUGACGAAACCUACGAUCCCUUCGACACUAGUUGUGCUUUGGAUAUACAACCUGGACGAGCUGAAUUGAAAGUGCUAGAAUCAGAAUUCAUUCACAAUGGCUGCUAA